ACUCCAUAAUCCAUUUGGCAAAAUAAUAAACUUUCUUCGUUGUUGAUUGCUGUAUUUAAAUUAUUCAAGAGUUGUGAUUAAUAAUUUUAUACAAUCAAAUAAUUAUAUUUCAUUACGAAAUAGGAUAAUAUCAAAUGUCAGUUUACAUGACGAUCUACAUUAAUGACAUUCUAGGCAUAAAACGUAAAUGAAUUCGUAAUUACUAUAUUUUUAUUUCGUUAAGAUUGAGUAAAAAAGAAGUCUUUAACAAAAUAAACAUGAUGAGUAAUAAAAAACCUCCUAUACCACAAUGUCCUAUAGUGCCAGUUGAAGAAGAGAUCGAAGAAGAUCUAAAAACAAUAGAUGAAACAGAGGCUCCACUGUUAACUGAUGAUGCUAAGGUCUUAUUAGAAUCUAUUGGAACUGAAGUAAUUAAAAAUGAUACACAAGAAACAGCUCAAAAGCUCGUUGAUAAUGUGGAUGAAUUAGAACAAACAAUAACGGCAUUAGAUAAGAAGUAUAAUGAUUUGAUGAGCUGUGAAAAAGAAUUGGAAGAAAUUGAGGAAGAAAUCGAUAAACAGAUUAAAGAAAUGACUAAUUAUAUUUCCGAAAUUCAGUCAAAUCCUACUCCUGCAGUAAAGUAAACAUGUUUAAUUAUAUUUUAUUAAAUGGACCCAUAAUUGCUUCUAUUUUUUUAUUUGUACAAUUUUAAAAUUAAUAAUUACAAAAUGUUAUAAUAAAAAUGAGAUCUUGUUAAAAAGAUUAGUUAUAUUUUUUUUAUAAAGUGUAUACAAUAAAAAUCUGUUAUUUAAGUAAAAAUGCCAAUAAAGAAAUCAAAUAUGUUUA